CAGUUUUAUGCGGACCUUCAGAUCGGAGAGAUUAGGUGUAGACAGUGUGAUGUGGCCCUGCCUCGUACCUGACAGAAACGGCUUUGAGGAAUGGAACAGCUAACCUUCUUGAUAUAACAACGCCAUGAUUUGUUUUGCUCCACAAAUGAAAGAGAAGAGAGACACUGGCCCAGAAAAGAGUUAAGACAUGGUGUGCUCCAACCGACAUGAAGAUUUGUCUGUUUCGCUACAUUUUAGUCACAUGCAUGUCUUAAAACCUUCAUGUGGACAUGUAUGUUGAAGGUGGUGUGAGCGAGUAGUGGUGAUGUUUAACAUGUCAGAGAAGGAAGUGAUUAACUGCACCAUCAACCAUGAAAUCCACCAGUACGUCUUCUCCUGUGUGUACAUCCUCGUGCUCAUGGUUGGUGUUCCCUCCAACAUAUACUCUCUGUACCAUGCUGUUGUGCAGCUGAAGCAGAAGAAUGAGCUGGGAGUUUAUCUGAUCAACCUGACUGUGUCUGAUCUGUUGUACCUGGCAUCCUUACCGCUGUGGCUGCAGUACUUUUUCCAGGAUGAUGACUGGAAGCACAGGGAGUGGUUGUGUCAGCUCUGUGGUUUCCUGCUCUAUGAGAACAUCUACAUCAGCAUCGGUUUCCUGUGCUGUAUCAGCCUGGAUCGCUACCUGGCUGUGGUCUACCCUUUGAGGUUCACCUCUCUGCGCUCCAUGCGCACCGCGUGGCUGGUUAGCUCCUUCAUCUGGCUGAAGGAGAUCGCUGUGGGUGUGGUUUUCUUUCGCCAUAAAGAACUGAGCACCGACAUCAAGAAUCAAUCAGUGUGCUUCGAGCACUACCCCAUGAAGCCGUGGGAGUAUCCCAUCAACUAUUACCGCUUCACUGUUGGCUUCAUGUUCCCUCUGGCUAUUUUAUCGAUCAGCUACCUUUGUGUUCUCCGGGCCGUCGGUCGCAGCGCCGGGACGCAGCCGGAUCAGAAGACCAGGAUCAGGCAGUUGGUCAGCAGCACCAUCCUCAUCUUCCUCGUCUGCUUCUCCCCCUACCACGUCUUCCUGUUGGUACGCACCAUGCUGGAGCGAGACUGCAACUUUAUUGCAGGAAUAUUUAACUACUACCACAUGUCGUUGUUGCUGACCAGUCUGAACUGCGUGGCAGACCCCGCUCUGUACUGCUUUGUAAGCGAAAGCGCGCGCCGCGGCCUGUACAGAGUCAUUUUCAGGCCUAUUGCUAGGAUACUAUGCUGCUGCUGCCGCAGUGGCAACGCCAGCCCCAGCAACCCACCUACCGACUCCAACGAGGUCGCCACCGACGAGAACAACGGCCAUCCGACAGUGACGCUGCUCACACAUGCAAAGACUCCCAGCAACUUAGAAAAAGAAACCUCCAGCAAAAAGACGAUUUUAAUCACGCAGGCGGGAGAAAAAACGACUAUCAGCUUGGUUGUAAAUGGACACUCUGACAAAUGUGUGGACAGUGAUGGAGAGCCCAGCUGUGUGAUCGCUGGGAAGGAGCCAAAAGACCAAAGAAAAGAACACCAUCUAACUCAAUCUGAGAGCAACCAGGGACCUUAGAGGUCGAACAGCAGCAGCCCUAAUGAGACCCUGCUACCCAUCCAAAUGUGUUUACACCCCCCCCAAUGGCAUUGGACUGAAAGCAUUCCCUUCUCUCUGGGGACAUUUUACUGAGCUUAGAACAGUAUGUGAGAGCUCAACAUGAAUCUGAGGUCUAAAUUGGCACUCUGUUGGAGUACUUAAUGCCUUCACAUGAUCGGGGUAAAACAGUUACGCUGAUGUUAACCUUGUGUUUCCAUGGAGAUUGCGAUGCCGCCCGACAAGGUGGAAGAGCUAUCUUUGGUGCCGCCCAACACUCGAAAUUGGUGGCGAGUGCUGAGCUCAAAGUUUUAGCUAUUACAACUUUGACUUUGUUUACCAGUGACCUUUGGACGCACAGCCAAUCAGAUGACAGCUGUAUGACACGGCGGGAGUAUACAUAACUCUAGAAACAAAACUUAAUUGGCUGAUUUUACCACAAGGCUCAUGGUGAGCAAAGAGCAAAUCCCCUAUACAGCUCCAGAAAAAAUGUAGAGACCACUCCAAAUGUUUCUUAAAUCUUUAUCUCUACAUGUAUGGCAGCCAGUCCAGUGUCUGUUGAAUUCCAACACACAGAAAAAUGGUCAGUACUUUAUAGAAUACAAUAAAAAAAAGAAAAUAAUCUAACUCAAAUACAUACCAGAGAAAAUGAUAAUGUUGAAGUGGUCUCUUAAUUUUUUCCGGGGCUGUAUAUUGUUGUUUUUUUGGGUCAAUCAUAAGCAGCCAUUAAAGACAGUGUGUGGGUUGCCAUCUUGAGCUUAGUCAGGAAUCAUGUUGUUGGUGGUCAUAAAGAAAAAAAACAAAAAUAGGCAACAAUUACCAUAACGAAACUUGUUAAACGACAGUAUUAAAACAGUGCCAUGUGCAACCAUAAUGGAAAUUUAAACAUUUCAGUUUGGCCUGCAGGCUGUGUAAGGGUUUGCAUUUCACUUGUGCUCUGUGUCCAUAAACGUAACCUGAAGUGUAUCUUUAGGCAAUGUUUUAUCUCAUUGACAGUAGAGUAGAACUAUUUCAUUGUACAGUUUGUCAUGGAGCCUGACCAGAGCUUGGAUCAAACCAUUAAUCUUGGGAAGAACAUGUGUACUGUAUGUCCAAAGAUGAUCUGACUGAACAAUUCAGAAAUCAUCAAAACUAAGUUGAUGUGAAGUAAAAAACCCUCACCAGCUUGCAUGCAUUUUCUUUUUUACAGGUAAAACUAUGAAUUGUCAUGAUUAAUCACAGAUUAUUUUUGUGAUAAUUGCAAUUAAAUCUUUUAAUUUCUCAAUUUACACCACUUAACCCUUGUAUUAUGUUAAGGGUCAAUUUGACCCAUUUCAGUUUUUGUGUUGACCAAAGUACUGGUUAUCCUUUCUUUUUCUUGAUGAAAUUUGGUGACUUUUCAUCAUCUAGGGUCAUGAACUGGUGUGUAAAAUCUGGACACUCUGAUGUGUAGUGGAAUGUCUGUGCAGAGUUUGUAUACAAAGAUGAUGUUGCGGGUCAUUUUGACCCAGACCCUUUAAUGUGGGUAAAUAGCUGUUCAGAUCCAAAAUAAACAUGUCUCUUUGAUGUA